AUGAAUUCGAAUUCAAAAUCUUUAUCUAACUCGAUAAAGAGGGAUCUCUAUCAAUAGGCAUGUAAAUUGAAGGAGAACUCUAUAGAUAGUGAAGCUGAAUCCUAACUAAAUGAAUUAAUAGACUCUUUAAAAACAUCUGAAAUAAUUGAAUAUGUUGAACAAUAAAGGGAAUGGUUACAAAAACUAUUUUAAGCCUGGAGAUUACAAACUGCAAAGACUUAUAAUGUAUAUCAAGUAGCAAGUUUUGUAGAAACAAAAAGAAUUAAAUGGUUGAAAAUGCUCUUUAAGGAAUGGCAUGCAUAUAUUGAUUAGAUUCAAAUAAGAUAAGUUUUACUAUUUAGAUUCUAGACCAAAAGAGAGAAAAGACUUAAAAGUACAUUAAUGAAAGCUUGGAGUUAAGUUGUUUUAAAUUUACAACAGAAAUAAAUAAAUAAAUAUGAUGCUUAAUAAUUAUAUAUAAAGAACACAAAAAAAAGAUAUUAUAAAUAUUGGUGUAAGUAUAUUAAUAGAACAUAAAAUGAUGUAAUAGCUUAUCAAGAAUUGAUUCAUUAAUAAUAAAUGAAAUUAUAUUUAAAAUACUUUAAUAUUAUGAAAUCCAAAUUGCAUUAAACAGAAAAAUAUUUAGAAUAAUAUGCAAUAAACAAAUAAAAAUUAAGACUUUAGAAUAUUUUUUAAUUUUGGUUCUAAUAUGUAUAAUAUCAAAUCAAUUAAAGAAAAGAAAUUAAAGAGUUUAUCAAAAAGCGAAAUCUUUCACUUAUUUAUGAAUUAUUUUCUUUUUUAAAAAUAUAAACUGAGAAGCAUAUGAUUUAUAGAAGAUAAAAAAAAUUGGCUUAUUUGGGGAGAUGGAAAAUGCUUAUGCAAAAAUCUUUUUAUAUUUUAUUAAAAUAUAAGGGAUAAUAAUAAAAUAAACGAUAUUUACAAAAAAUUAGAAAAGAUAAUCUAUUGAAAUUAACAAUAUUCACAUUAAAGGAUACUAAAAAUUUAGUUUAAAAAUAUAAAGAUAUAGAAAAUAGUCUUAGUUAAAAGAAAAUGAAAUAACUAUUCUACUAUUUAUAAAAUUAUACAUAAAAGCAUAAAUAUAAAAGAUACUCAUUAGAAUUUGCAGAAUUAUUUAGACGUAAAUCAUUAUAAAAAUAAUUGUUUUCACAAUUAAAAUUAUAUUAUAAUUAUAGAAUAAAAAAAAGAGAUAUGAAUGAGAAAAUGAUGCAAGUACAUUUGGUUAAAUUUUGUAAAAGAAUUUUGUAGAAAUGGAAGGAACAUAACAAAUAAACUCAUCAUAAAAAGCUUAUUUAAUAAUAAAUAGAAUUCAGUAACUAAUAUAGAAUAAAAAAAUAAAUAUUCAAAAUUAUGUCUAAAAAACAAUGA